AUGGUCGGUUCACGCGUGUAUGUUGGCGGUUUGCCGUAUGGCGUCAGGGAACGCGACCUGGAGCGUUUCUUCAAGGGUUAUGGCAGGACAAGAGAUAUUCUGAUUAAGAAUGGCUAUGGCUUCGUUGAAUUUGAGGACUAUCGUGAUGCGGAUGACGCCGUAUAUGAGUUGAACGGGAAGGAGUUGCUGGGAGAAAGAGUUGUAGUGGAACCUGCAAGAGGUACUGCACGUGGUCCCAGCGGCUACCGUGAAAGAGAUCGGUAUGAUAGAGACCGUCGUGGUGGACGGUAUGACAAAUAUAAAAGCAAUUCCAGGAACAGUUCCCGCUAUGGACCGCCGCUUCGCACCGAAUAUCGUCUGGUUGUGGAGAACUUAUCAACCCGAGUCAGCUGGCAGGAUUUGAAGGACUAUAUGCGCCAAGCCGGAGAAGUAACUUAUGCCGAUGCUCACAAACAACGUAAAAAUGAAGGCGUGGUAGAAUUUGCAACGUUAACCGACUUGAAAACUGCAAUCGAAAAACUGGACGAUACAGAGUUGAAUGGACGACGCAUUCGUUUGGUCGAGGACCGUGGGCGUAACGGGCGUAAUGGACGUGGUCGUUCGAGAUCUUCCAGUAGUCGCUCUAGAUCACGUUCACGUCGUAGAUCGCGUACCCGUUCUCGUUCGCGUCGUUCGUCUCGCAGCCGAUCUAAGUCUCGUAGCCGAUCGAAAUCGAAGAAUGGAUCGAAAUCGCCAGAAAAAUCUCGCUCACGUUCUCGCUCAAACAAAUCGCGUGACAACAGUAAAUCCAAAUCACGUUCCCGCUCGCCAAAGCGCGAUCGCGAUGAGUCCCGUUCCCGUUCACGUUCACGAUCGAAAUCGCAUUCACGUUCGCGUUCCAAGUCGAAGGAUAACAAGUCGCGCUCUCGCUCCCGAUCCCGCUCCCGUUCGCCACGUUCGCAUUCAAGAUCACGCGACCGUUCGCAAUCGCAGGAUAAGUCGCACGAUAAGUCUCGUUCGACAUCACCCAAAAAUAACGAUCACUCUCCGGAGCGUAAUGAAAGCAUGGAGGAUUGA